AUGCUCUGGGGCGUGGAAAGAGGCUUCUUAAAGGUGAUGUUUGCCCGAAGCCACACUCGUCGUCGGAGUGGCAGUAAGCUGCUCGAGUGGAAGAAUCAGCACGCAAAAGGUUACGCAAAACAUCGAUAUGGGCCUGUCUGGGGUCGGUGUCUGGCUUGUUUCGCAAAGGCCACUGUUGAAAGACUCGUAAGACUCGAGCAUGAUGUUAUUGGGGGCGAAGAUGCGGAUCUCGUGGCUUUCAAGCUGUCAUUAGCAGGAGAGCUAUCGAUGGUCGCUGUGGCAGUAAGUACCUGUGGGAGACUAGAAGGAAUUGAAGCUCUAGAAUGCUUCUUGCUGACGUUGAGAAUGAAGGGCGCUUUGAUUGCCCAAAUCGCAGAGAUAGGUUUCUCCCUUCCCAACAAUCUCGACAUACAUUGGAUCGUGCGCGCAUUCUUCGUUUGCGGCCUGGUCAUGGGCUUGUUGUCUGUCUAUUUCUCCGUCAUUCAGCAGCGAACACUAGGAAAACUACACAAACCCUCGCAAGUGAGGGUCUGGCUUCUGGCAAAUAGCAGUACCGACGCUAUUGCAGGGGGGACAGAGUCUGAAAGUGCCAGACACGAAGCUUCUUUUGCGACUGCUUUUUUGACGCAACUCCCGUACACAACGAUAGAAUAUGGGGUCAUCUUCCUGGUCAUUGGGAUUGCGUUGUACUUAGGAUUAUCGUGGCAGAAGCAGAUUGACAAGCAGAACGGAGAAGAUGGGGAUCGCAACGUGCUCAUCAUGUACGUCGCCGUUACCGGAGUGGCUAUUCUGCAGUGGGCGUGGGCUCUCUACAGUAAAUCGAUAUGGAUGGAUCAUAACAUCAUGCCAAAUGACCAUGAGCAAGGCGGUGAACAACUGACCCAUGUUGCGCAUCCUCCACCACAUCCAAGGCUCGAAAGCAGGAAACACGCCUCAGACACUCAGCUUGAGCUCGGGUCGAUGAGCUCGGAGUCAUCGAACACUCUGGCUGAAGUCCUACGGCAAGCUGCUGAGAUUCAUCGACAGUGUGCAGAGAAAGACAUACUUGUAGCUGAGAAGUACGAGCGAGGCGCUGCUCACAAGAGAUCCCUGUAG